AUGUGGUACGGAAAGCGCUAUGAGCAACCUUUUGCAGAAGAUACUCCUAAUACACAAAUGUGGUACGGAAAGCGCUAUGAGCAAACUUUUGCAGAAAAUACUCCUAAUACACAAAUGUGGUACGGAAAGCGCUAUGAGCAACCUUUUGCAGAAGAUACUCCUAAUACACAAAUGUGGUACGGAAAGCGUUAUAAGCAACCUUUUGCAGAAGAUACUCCUAAUACACAAAUGUGGUACGGAAAGCGCUAUGAGCAACCUUUUGCAGAAGAUACUACUGAUAGGCGACAGAAGUAUGGAAGGCGCUAUGAGCUUAAAUUCAACAAGCAUGCUCUCUCUAACUCAACUGUGUUUUUCUUGCCUAAUGAUCUCCAUGCAGAAAUUAAGAAGCGCUUUUCGGUGGAUCCUGAAUCACGUCAAGGCAAAAUGUUAAAGCAAACUAUAGAGAAUUGUGAGUCACCGAGAAUUAAAGGAGAAGAUAAAUUUUGCCCCACAUCUCUAGAGUCCUUAGUUGAUUUCAGUGUGAAACAUGUUGGAAACAAAGCUCAAGUCCUUAUGAACGAGAUAGAUAAGCCUAAAAGGGAGCAAGAGUAUACUAUCAAAGAAGUAAAAUUUAUAGGAGAAAACCAUGUGGUGUGCCAUAAGCUACAAUACCCAUAUGCUGUGUAUUAUUGCCAUGCACUCAAGGGCACUAAGGUUUACACAGCUCAAGUGGUAGGAGCUGAUGGCACAAAAGCUAAAGCAGUCGCAGUUUGCCACACAGAUACCUCAGCUUGGAAUCCAGGACACUUGGCCUUUUUGGUUCUGAAGAUGAAGCCAGGUGAAGGAACUGCUUGCCACUUCAUUAGAAGUGAUACUUUUGUCAUGGUUUCCAAUUAA